CCCCAAGAAACCAAACAAAACCCUUUUAAGAUUUAUCACCUCAAUGUGUCUUCAUCAUCACAACUCCCCCUAAAAUGGAACAUCUCAUUCGCACUAGAGAUCUUCUCAAAACCACCUUACACCAAUCCACCCAACUAGACCUCCAAAUCCACCAAACCACCACCAAUCUCUCCCGUAUCAAUUCUUCCAAAUCCCACAUCACAAACAUCCCCUGCCUCUCCACCCUCCACCACCACCUCCACCGUGCACUUCCACCCGUUUCCGCCGUCUUCCAGGUCUACCAGGUGGUGGAGGAGCUCGGGAGCCUACUCUCAGACCACCACCCCUCCCCCGACCUCCACCACCACCUCUCUCUCCUCAAAAGAUUCAGCCAAGCACUCACUCUUCUCACCAACACCUGCAACUUAGCCAUCCUAUGGGUGGAAGACAUCAACACAACCAUUGUUGACAACCUCUACCACUCCAAUGUCUCUAAAACUCUCCAUAUACUUAAACAGUUGCAAAGGUUUGAAGAACGCUCUCUUCUCAAACACGGAAUUCUAAAUGUUGCUUUUGAGAAUUUAAAACAUGAAUUCACUACUCUUUUAAUCGAAAACAGUUUCCCUCUUCAAGUUCCUUCGUCUCUUUUCUCAUCUGGUGAUGAUGAAAGUGAUGUGUUUGAUCCUUUACCAGAAGCUUUACCUUUCCCCAUUGUCAAAAACCUACAAGAUAUCGUUGCAUGCUUUUCAUGCAACAAUCUUGUGGACCAAUGCGUUCAUGUUUAUAUCAAGAUCAGGGGCACAAUUGUCCAUAGAAGUUUAGAAGGUCUUGAUUUGGAUUAUUUGGAGAUUACAUUAACAGAAUUUCAUAGCGUGCAAGAAGUAGAAGGUUAUAUAGACGAAUGGGGGAGACAUUUGGAGUUUGUAGUUAAGCAUCUUCUUGAACUUGAGUACACACUCUGUGAACACGUGUUUAGUAAGAGCAUUGAAGUCAAUGUGUGGAAAUAUUGCUUUUCCAAAAUCGCCCUCCAAUCGGGAAUACAGAGUUUUAUCAAAUUUGGGAACACAAUUACAAAGUGUAAGAAAGAAGCAAUCAAACUUUUCAAGCUCCUAGACAUCUUUACCACUCUCAACAAUCUCAGACAAGAUUUCAACAGAAUUUUUGGUGGAAAACCAUGUUCAGAAAUUCAAAGUCAAACUAGGGAAUUUCUCAAGAAUGUGGUCAAUGGUGCAUGUGAAAUUUUUCAAGACCUUAAAGCACAAGUUGAGCUACAAAGACUAAACGACCCUCCACCAGAUGGGACAAUUCCAAAAUUGGUUAUCUUUGUAACAGAAUAUGCUAACGAGUUGUUAGAUGAUGAAUACAAACAUGAACUUGAACAGGUUCUAAAGAUCCACUCCAGUUGGCAUAAUGAAAGUAAGUUCACAAAGGGAAUUGUUUCAGUUGAAAUUAAAAACAUAGUGAAAUCACUGGAACUUAACUUGGAGACAUGGGCAAAAAGAUAUGAAGAUGCUUCUUUAUCUUAUAUUUUCUUGAUGAACACCAGCUGUUACUUGAGCAAACAUCUAAAGGGUACAAAGCUCGGGGAUCUAAUGGGGGAAUCUUGGAUAAAACGACAUGAAGUUCAUACAGAAUACUACACAUCACUUUAUUUGAAAGAAAGUUGGGGGAGAAUUCCAGCUUUAUUAAGCAACAAUGACAGAAACAAAAUGAAAGGAUUCAAUGAUGUAUUUGAUCAAGUGUUUAGAAAACAAUCUGAAUGGGUGUUGUGUGAUAGAGAUUUGAGAUGGAAAACUUGCCAGAUGAUCAUGGAAGUUGUAGUCUCUGUUUACAAGGCCUUAGUGGAAAGUGGGGAUACUCAUAGUCCUAAUAGUAAUAAGUAUUUGAAAUAUAGUGAUGAGAAAAUAGAGAAUAUGUUGACUUCCAUGUUUAGGUCAAAGUUGGAUAAGUAUGGUUCUAGUGCCAAGCGUACAAGCUUGAUGGGGAAGAUCAAGAAUGUUGUUACAGGUCAUUUCUCACCAACAAAUGCUGCAGCUUGA